GUCAUAAUGAAGCAUUCUCUUGUUAAAAUAGACAUUUCAUAGACAGGUCAUUGAUGCUCUUCCAUAUCUGAGAAUAUACUGUUGAAACUGUAUAGUCAAAUCCUACGUGUGCAAAUUAUCUGGAAGUCCAAAUUGAAGCCAUGAAAGACAGAGGGAAGUCCAGGACUAGGACACAAAAGACCAGUCAGAACAGUUCUGAGAACAGCCUGACAGACAUCCUCAGUGUCCCGUGUGCCAGUGAUAUUGUCCUACAGCCAAUGUCGCCAGGGAGAAAGAAUAGCCGAUCCCACUUCCACAACAUGGAUGUGACUAAAGAGAGGGCUGACAUGGGAAGGCUUCCAAUGGCCACUCCACCCAUCAAGCUCCCAAUGCUCAGUGUGACCUCUCUCACUGUCCAAGGGAACAAAAACACCCUCAAGGUGCCUCGUCUGCAGCUGGAGGGACAGAUGGUUAGCAAGCGUCUGGGUCCGGUUAAAACCAAAACCGGAGGGAGCACAUUUACCUCCAGCCACGAGAAGGAGCCAGAUGUUAAAUCAAGCAGACCACAGACAUCAGGAAGCAUCCCUAGGUUCCCCAAAAUAUGCUCCACUGCAGCCAAGGCAGUAGCUCCUUUAUCUGGGACUCCAUGCAGGCAGUCUGAGAUCAGGAUCCAGGCCAAUCCUCUCCAGAGGUCUAACAUCCAGGACCAAAGGCCCCGCUCUCCUCCUGCUCAGGCCAGACGGUCUCUGUCCGACGGCAGCCUCUUGCAGCCGCCAUGUUCUCCUGUGGAUGUCCUCCAGCCGGAGGUCCAGGCCAGCAGAAGCCUGGCUCGACCCAAGACCGGGAUAGCUAGGAUAACAAGACAUACUGAUGGCAGCACUCUGAGGUUCCCUAACCAGACCUUAGAUCUUAUAAACUCCAUGGAUGGGAGGGAGAGCACCAAUUCCUUCCAUGUGCUGCCAACCAUUGCAGUGUCAGCCUCCCGUGCCCAGAUGGCCAUCCCAUUGCCUACCCCAAUGGUCAGCAAUGUGCCUGACCUUCUGGUGCCUACUCCGUCUGCUUCUCCGGUUCCUUCCAGCCAAGUGCCUGCCCCACCUGCCUCCGCAGUGCCAGCCCGGCCUGCCAACUCCAGAUCACGGCGUGUGUCAAAGAGGAUCCAGCUCUUACAGAUCCAGUCUGCUAUGCUGGACCAGCAGCUACCGGAACAACUGGGUGACAAACAAAUCAUAUUACCCUCUGAGCCCCUGUCCUUCAGUAGCACUGAGAGGUUGUUCCUCUGUGGUCCAACUUUAGUCUGUGGAGAUGAUGGCUGUCACCCCCUGACCAGACCUACGCCCAGCCACACAGGUCGCACUGACCACUCCCCUUUACUGACCAAUAGGAGAGCCGUGCAGGCGGGUGAGAAGUGCCCCUUUGAUACCCUCUUGAUGAUGGUCCCACUGGCAGAACAGCCUCCUAUCAAGCGGGGGCACAUGCCCGCCUCCCGUGCCAAGGCAGAGCGGGAGAAUAGCCAACAAGGGCGCAGGAAGAGAGUGAAGCCCAUUCACUGGGACGUUAACUUUAAGUCUGGUCCUUUCUUCCCAGUGUGUGUCUCUCCAUCACUGCCCUCGAUCUUGGAGGUGGAUGAAGAGUCUCUUUCUGAAGAGAUGGAGCAAAGCCAGUUGUAAGGGGUCGCACAG